AGUAAAUCCCGUAAGACCAGCGGUCUUUAUUAGUAUCUCGUCGAUGCCUGCAAGAAAGAAUGGCUGAAGUGGAUAACAAGUUGAACGUGGAUAACAUCGCCUCCAAACGUAAACGUUUGUGUCGUGAAAACGACAAGACGUUAUCGUCCUCGGAGUACGUUCUACGAAAGACGAAAUUCUCGAAAUUCAACAGGAAAGGCAGCAAGGAUAUUUUCGUGAACAAUAAAAGUCACUUCAAGGCACAGUUGUACAAGUGUGAAAAACUAUUCGAUAAUGGCGCAUCAGAAUUAAUAAUUCACGGUCUUGGAGCUGCUGUGUAUAAAGCUACUAGUCUGGCUUUGCGAUUGAAUGAAAUUCAUCAUGGAUGUUUAGAUCUUGAUAUAAAAACCUCUACCGUGCAGUUAGAAGAUAAGCUAGAAUCAUUGAAUGACGAUAUGGAUGAUGAAAUAAACAACAGACAGAACUCUGCCAUACAUAUCCGUGUGUUCAGGAAAAUACCUGUGGCUGUACUAAGGUCUACGAACUGAUGUGACUCAAUAAGUCAAUGCGUUUGAAUAACAAGACUCUGC